UCUCAGAAAGACGCUAGUGCUCCGGAGCGUCGUCACCAGGCAUGACUGAACAAAGAAGCGGUGGGCACACGCCUCCCGCGUUUGCCUUCAUCGAAGAAGCAACCCCGGGUACAAGCCGUGAAGGCGGCGAGGGAGCCUCAGGCACUUGCGUCGAUUACCCUGCGUAUAUUGACGAGUACAUCAAUGACGCGUUGAAGGCGUUGAACCGCCAGACCGAUGCCAGUGACGUCAAUGAUGCCACUGACAGCGGAAGCACCAACUACGCACCUGUUGUGUCCACCGCUAGUGCCAAUCACGCCUGGCCCAGAACGAGUCACGCUGGCAUCGAGAAACUAUCGUCUACUACGAAAGACACCGCGAGCUGUUCUGACGACGCCUGGCGCUGCCAGCGGAACGCGCAGCACAGGCCGAUCGCCGACCAGACGUACAGCCUCGACGGUGCCUAUUCCAGCGGUAGCCCUAGUCACCUGCACCUGGGGCCCAUAAGCAGCAUCGAUCACAAAAAGCCCAGCAUAAGCCACGCUGGAAUGGUGGAGGCCUCAGCAAGUUUACAAUACGGAGCCAGAAAUCCUCCGACCACGUGGGUUCACCAAAGCAACACGCAGUACUACACGACUGCCCGCACAUCCACCAUCCAGGGGUAUGCACACAACAGAGACACCGGAAGCACCAGUUUCACACUUCCAGUCUACAGCAGCAGCGGCGGUGGCAAAUACGCAGUGGCCAGUACAAGCCACGUGGGCACGGAGGAAGCAUCGGGCAUUCUGGGAAAUGAUGCUAGAAUUCCUGACGCCACCGGCGCUGAGCCAUGGAGUACGCAGUACUACGUGGCUUGUGGCACAACUACAGUCUCCGGUCAGGGGGCGAGUGCCGCCGCCUCAGAUGCAGGCUGGGAGGUCUUGGGUCCCAGCAGCCUCUUCAGCCAGUUGGACAAGCCAAAGCUGGACUUCAGAGUCCGAGCUGCGCAGCAGGGUCUCCCAGGCCAUACACACGUGACUGAAAGCGGAAUCACCAGUUCCCUACCUAUGGUGUCCAGCAGCAGCGUCAAUCACGCACAGCCCAGCACAAGCCGCGCUGCAAUGGAGGAGGCAACGGCCGUUCCGGAAAACAUCGCUUGGAAUGCUCCUGGAACCGGAGGAACGGAACAGCGAGAGAUGUGCGGUGUCUGUGGCACCGUUUCGAACAUACCGGACGCUUUACACGGGCACGCCAAGGAACAAACGGAGGUCACAUCCCAGAUUUCUUUUGCGCAGCUAGGCAAGAUGUUCCCCUAG